CGCCGCCCCGGACGUGGCGUGGGAUGGCGCCGCAGGGGAUCGGCGGUCGCUGCUCCCCGGCGCUGCCGCUGCUGCUGCUCCGUCUGGCCGCUCUCGCUCUCCCGCCACCGCCCGCCGCCGCCUCCGAGCCUCCGCCCGCUGCCCUCUUCGCCGGCCACGCCGCCUCCUCGCUGCCCGCCGCCGCCGCCGCCCCGCGCACCAGAUAUCUUUUGUAUGAUGUAAACCCCCCUGAAGGGUUCAACCUUCGCAGAGAUGUCUAUGUUCGCAUUGCUUCCCUUCUGAAGACCCUGCGGAAAAGCGAAAACUGGGUGUUGGUUAUGCCUCCCUGGGGCCGUCUUUAUCACUGGCAGAGCCCUGACAUCCUCCAGAUCCGGAUCCCUUGGUCUGAAUUCUUUGAUAUCCCAAGCCUCAACAGGAACAUUCCUGUCAUUGAAUAUGAGCAAUUCUUUGCAGAGUCAGGUGGGCCGUUUAUUGAACAGAUUUAUGUGCUCCAAGGCUACGCAGAAGGAUGGAAAGAAGGAACAUGGGAAGAAAAAAUAGAUGAAAGGCCAUGCAUUGAUCAGCUGAUGUACUCCAGAGACAAACAUGGCUACUACAGGGGCUGGUUCUGGGGUAACGAGGAAACACGAGGCCUAAACGCCUCUUGCUUGUCUGUCCAAGGAUCUGCCUCUAUUGUGGCUCCCAUCCUCCUGAAGAACACUUCAGCACAGUCAGUGAUGUUAGACAGAGCUGAAAACCUUCUUCAUGACCACUACGGAGGGAAAGAUUAUUGGAAUACCCGUCGGAGCAUGGUGUUUGCUAAACACCUCCGCGUGGUAGGAGAUGAGUUUAGGAAGAAAUACCUUCAAUCCACCGAUGAGGCAGACAGGACUCAGUACAAGGAGGACUGGACACAGAUGAAGGUUAAGACUGGCACAGCUCUAGGUGGCCCAUACCUUGGGGUUCACCUCAGAAGGAGAGACUUCAUUUGGGGUCACAGAGAAGACGUGCCUUCCUUACAAGGAGCAGUAAAGAAAAUCCACAGCCUAUUGGAGGGGCUUAAACUUGAAAAAGUUUUUGUAGCCACUGAUGCUGUUGAGGAAGAGAUUGAACUGCUCAAGAAACUGCUGCCCGAGAUGGUGAGGUUUGAAGCCUCUCUGGAGGAACUGGAACUCUAUAAGGAUGGGGGCUUGGCUGUGAUUGACCAGUGGAUUUGUGCACAUGCAAGGUAUUUUAUAGGCACCUCUGUUUCAACAUUUUCCUUUCGAAUCCACGAGGAACGGGAGAUCUUGGGAUUUGAUCCAAAAACAACUUACAACCGAUUCUGUGGUGAAACAGAGAAAAACUGUGAGCAGCCUACUCACUGGAAAAUUGUAUAUUAAGCACAGAGAAACACAAAGGUUUCAGUACUGUUAGAGUUCAAAAUAAUAAGGAAAAAUGAUGGGGAAUUAUUUGCCUUGGAACAAAGUAUGACCCAGUCCUGUACUCUCAGCUCCUGCUCCCCUUCCAGCAUGGGUGUGACAUGGGGUAGCUGUACACUCCAGUGUCUCUGGACCUCACAGCAUUUCUAUGUGGCUGCUGCACCUGGGUCCCCAGUAUGUCCUGCUCUGGUUGCCUUCCCUGAGUGGUCCCAUGUCACACUGUAUUAGCAAUGGCGAUGGUGACAACACAGACUCUAAAGCUUAUUUGCAAAAGAGAGCGUGUUUUAUUCUUCAAGAUCCCUUUUUAUAGACAGUUCCAAAAGGGUCCAAAGGGGUGAACUUUCAUUGGCCAUCAAACCAACACAUCACUGUCAUUGGACAGUUAGGAACAGUGCCCCUUGACUGUUUCUUGCAAGUAAGCAACAAGGAGGCAAACAGCACCUGCAAAGGUUUCUCAGGCCACACUUUCUUGGGCCAAUGUGGGAAAGUUCUGUGGCUUAGUUUCACACAGAUACUAUGCUACCUGCCUGAUACUUUGCAUUUAACAUCCACAGUCCCAUGUGCACCAAGUGGGUUGCUACAGCCCACAGGGGCCUCUUGGCUGCAGAGCUGGGUGAUGGGAGGCAGCAAAGCAAUGCCCAAGAUGUGGCUGUUGAAACCAGCCUCACCUGCUGGAGCAUUUCUUUCUUACCUGUCCAUGGUUCUCUCUGUGGGUCUGUCGUCAUUUUUUAACUGCAGGGUUGGGGGACCUGGCCAUGUCACCAGGAGUGCUUGUGCUGGGAGCACCAGUCUCUACCUAGGGAGGAACCAAGCUGCCACCAAAAUAAAAGAGGGGGGUGUGUGUGUGGAGGUGGUGCUGCUCCCACUCCAAGGUAAGAGCCUGCAAGGCCCAUCCUUUGGGGACUCAUCUUUUGUGUGAAGGCACAUUGUCUGGCACAGGAAGAGGUUGGUACCUGGUGGAGCAGGGCCAAGAUUCCAUUUUCCCAAGGCAGCUCCCUCCUCUGCCUGCUGCAGCACUAGCCAGGGCUGGAAGAGGACGGUGGGUGUGUUCAGCACUGCUGCUGGAAUGGGGGCAGAGCUGGUGGCCCUCUCAGGAGAGGGUCCUGGUUGCUUCAGGGCCUCGCUUCUCCACUGCUUUGUGUCCACAAAGGAAAGACAUGCAAGAUGGCAGCACCACCACCACAGCCCUGUACCCAGGAGUUCAUCAAACUCUUCAAAACUCAGCACCACUGCAGAUCUACAGAACAGCAUUUUAUCCACAGGGGGCGUCUGACACUCAUUGCCCAUUAUGUGUCCAGAGGAGUUCAAGGGCUCAUUUUACAUCUCCACAAGUGGGGCCAGAACCACACAUACAGAGCAACACCAGAUUCUCACAGUGUACCAGUAGAAACAGAAAUUUAAUAACAUUAUUUCUUAGAGAACUGUUGUGGAUGAAAUCAAAUGCAAAGGAAAAAACCUAAAUGUAAAAAUCAAGAUGUUGGUGCACACUGAUACAGUAUUUCUGCUUUCAAGCUCACUAGGUGUAUUCUUUCCUCCUUCCCUUGUGUGAGCCCCCUGUAAUUUCAUUACAUUUGUCUUUUGUCAUCUAUUUUUAGCUGAAUAGUACUGAUUGUGUCAGUCA